AUGAUUGCAAAGUUGUCCCCAGAGACUGCGCUGUUGCUCAAAGAGCGUCUACUCGAUCGCUUCAACAAUGCAACCUAUGCUGAGAUAGCGAUCCUUCUGCUAGGAUUCCUCUCCAUCAUCUCUACAUUCCCGGGGAAGAAGAGUCCAAAAGUAUCUGGUGCUCCUGUCCAUGGCUACCGCUCCAUCUUUGAGCCAACCCUCUGGUUGCAAAUCAGAUUUACCACUGGUGCUUUUGACAUUGUCGACAGUGGCUACAAAAAGCUGAAAAAUAUCCCGUUUGUACUCCGCCGCUAUGACACCGAUAUCACGGUUCUCCCGAUCAAAUAUCUGGAUGAGAUGCGCCUCAUUCCAAGGAGCAAGCUGAACGGGAAGAAGGCCCAAGUCAAUAACCUUGUUCCAAGAUGGACUUGGACCUCAGUGAUGAUGGAAUCGGACUUGCACGUCAAUGUUCUCAACAGCAAGCUCAAUCCAGACUUGUCAAACUACAUAGACAUUGCCAGUAAAGAGAUGCAGUAUGGGUGGGACAUCGACGUGCCCCGUCCCGAACAUUGGACACAGGUCGACAUCCAGCAGACAAUGCGUAUGUUGGUGGCACGCAUGUCGGCAAGAAUAUUCAUGGGCCAUCCUGCGUGCAGGAAGGAUGAGUGGCUUCAAGUUUCCAUCAACUUCACCUACGACAUGUUUUUGGCAGCCUUCACUCUCCGGAUGUUUCCACCUUGGAUGCACGUCUUUGUGGCUCAUUUUGUUCCAGCCAGAUGGCGAAUUCGUCGGCAGAUGAACACAGCCAAGAGGUUCGUCGAGGAGAUCACUAGACAACACAACGAAGCCAAGAGGAGGGGAGAGAAGGGGCAGGACACGCUGCUCACGUGGAUGAUUGAUCACGGUACUGACAAGGAGGCGUCGAUCCCGGAGAUGGCAGCCCGCCAAUGUGUCCUGACGCUCGCGAGCAUCCACACAACCUCCAUGAGCGUGAGCAACAUACUAUUCGAUCUCUGCAUGCACCCGCAAUGGUUCCCUGUGCUGCGGCAGGAAAUCGAAGAGGUUGUAAAGACCCACGGGAAGAUUGGUGAAGGACAACUCAGUCACAAACAGUGGUUGUCCAAAUUGGAGAAGAUGGACAGCUUCAUCGUGGAGGACCAGAGGAUCAACCCUCCUAUUCUGCUAAACCCGCAGAGGAUCGCUCUGGUUCCCAUCACACUCAAGGACGGCACCAAGAUUCCAGCCGGGGCGAGGAUCGCGUGGGCCGGACACCACCAUGCCAACGAUCCCGCCACACUCGCCAACCCGGAGGAGUUUGACCCGCUGCGGAGCUACCGGAAGCGCCAUUCCAACAACGGGGCCAACAUCAACAAAUACACGGCUGGGCAGACUAAUUCGAACAGUUUGUCCUUUGGCUAUGGUGGGCAGUCCUGUCCAGGGAGGUACUUUGCCGUGGCGGAGAUCAAGAUGAUCUUGAUGAGGCUGCUGCUGGAAUUCGAAUUUGCGUAUCCGGAGGGCGCUUCUAGGCCAAAGGUCAUGUUCGCGGAUGAGAACGUCUUCAUGGACCCCAACGCAAAACUUCUCAUGAAGAAACGGGAGGAGAGCCUGGCAUCAUAA